UACUUCUUCGAUUUUGUUCUUUGACUUCUUGAUAUUUUUCUUCCUUUUUUUUUUUUCUUUUUUUGUUUUUCUCUCAUUAUCUUUUAAUUAACCAUGAACAUUUUGGUGUCGUCCAUGUAUUACAUCUCUCGUGGCCAUCAACCACGGGAGUUAGAGUGGAAGAUAAACGAUCGAAUUUCUACGAAGGAUUAUCAUCGUUGCAGAAGAAGAUAAGGAAAAGGGAUAAUUUGUUUUUCUCACCCCCUUCCCUAUCUCCUCUCUUCCCUCUUACGCCUCUUGAUAAUAGAGGAACGUUUGACAUAAGUUUAACUUAUUCGAUCCUUCGUAAAUUUACAUUGAUUCUUUGUUCUUUAUUUCUUUCUUUCUUUUUUUCUCUUUUACUGUUUUUUUUCUCCAACGUUUUGCAACAGUUUGAAAACACGACAUAUGAUUUUUUCAAUGGAUAAUGAUGAUGUGUCUGUGAUCAUUGUAUAAGUUUGCAUAGUGCGCGACGACAAAGACGAUAUAGGAAGAAAGUGAAAAUAAAAUCUGUGAAGAUAAAACGUAACGUCUGAGGUAAUCAAAAGACUUAAAAAAAAUAUAUAUAUAUACUCUAUAUAUAUUUAUAUAUAUAUAUAUAUAUAUAUAUAUAUAUAUAUAGAGAGAGAGAGAGAGAGAGAGAGAGAUUGAGAUUGAGAUAGAGAAGAAGUAUCUUGAUCGUUUUAGAUCAAAGGAACGAUCGAAAAAAAGAAAAGAAAAGGAAAAGGAAAAGGAAAGAAAAAAAAAGGGGGAAGGAGUAGUGAGAUCCGCGUAGAAGAACCGCGUUAAGUUCUCUCUCUGCAGAGAGCAGCCGAGUGAUUAAGGCCCGGACAGGCCACGAGCUCGCGUUCCUGGCUAUGGGCAAGCUCUCAAUAAUCAUUCGAAGUGGUACUCGUGAAAACGACCGAGAAGAGCCGGCAAAGCAAGAGCAACAACAGCAAAAUCAACAACAGGAAAGCCAAUACCAAUACAAAUACCAAUACCAAUACCAAUAUCAAUACCAAUAUCAACAGCAAGACCAAAAGCAACAUAAUCAACAAUAUAAUCGGUACCAAAAGCAUAAACAAAGUUCUUGUCGUAAUAACACCAAAGUUAUCAUAUCAUGCUGUGCCGACUCUUCUUCAUCUGCGAAUAAUAAUAAUAACAAUAAUAAUAAUAAUAAUAAUAAUAAUAAUAAUAAUAAUAAUAAUAAUAAUUGUAGUAGUAGUUGUUGUUGUUUGCUUGAUGUUUGCGAAGAAGUUGGAAAGGUGAGAUCCGGUACUCGAGGACAACCACCACAACAACCACCACCACCACCACCACCACCACCACCACCACCACCACCACCACCACCACCACCACCACCACCAUCAUCAUCAGCAUCACUACCACGUGCUGUUUAUUCUUCAAAGACGUUCCGCAACGAGACCACAAUCUCUUCAUUUUCGUCAUUUUCUUUUUGUGCUACGAUAGACAACGAUAAUAGUGUUGCUAAUAGAGUAUGCAAAGAACUGGGUGAGGUGUUUGUCGGUGGUGAAAACUUUAGAAAAAUUUCUUCUUCGCCUUCGUCGUCGUCGUCUUCUUCGUCGUCUUCGUCCUCCACUUCUUUAUCAAGGAGAUCAAGAAGAAUUUUAUCUGGAAGUAUUAUCCUUGCUCUACUCGUGAUGAGCGUUUUGUACGAGCCUACACUUGGUGUACCAGCACCAGCAUCAUCUUCUUCCUCUUCCUCCUCCUCCUCCUCCUCCUCCUCCUCCUCUUCCUCCUCCCCCUCCUCUUCCUUCUCCUACUCCUCUUCUUCUUCUUCUUCUUCUUCUUCUUCUUCUUCUUCUUCAUCUUCAUCUUCUUACGAGCUUCAACAGCAGGUGGAAGCCAACUCAAGAUUCCUCGAAUUCGAAGAGAACUACGAGGAUGAGGUAUACGAGCCAACGGCUACGGCUACGCCAACUAGUGCUGGUCAUUCUUCGAGAAACGUGCUCGGCGACGAAGAGCUCGAAAUUAUCAGAAGGAGCAUCGUUGAAAGCCUCGGGCUUCAAAGGAUACCCGAUCCUUCUAAGGCUAACAUAAGCCAGACGGAAUAUGAGAGGGCGCACAGAGAGUACCUGAAGAAAGUGCAGCUGUCGCAGCAUCAUGGACCACCGCAGGAGUCGAGAAAGCGAAGAAGACUUCACGUGUUUCAUGGCACAGAGCAUUCUGGAAAUAGGACGAGACGAGAGACGAUGAAAUCAGAAUCGGAAUCAGAAUCAGAAGCGGAAGAAGAAGAAGAAGGAGAAGAAGAAGAAGAAGAAGAAGAAGAAGAAGGAAAUGAGGCAGAAGAAGAUGAAGACAAAAUAGAAAAAAAAGAAAAAGAAAAGGAUAAAGAUAGUGAGAUAUUGCAGAGAUUGUUUUUCCCAUUGGAAAUACCCAAGGAUAUCAACGAAGAAUAUUCCACGAUCGAUCAUGUAUCCCUGAGGUUUUUAUUAACGGGAGAACAUCGAGAUAAUGAUAAAAAUAACAACGAUUUGGAAAUUGUCGUUUACCUAUUAAACGAACAAUUGGAUUUCAAAAUGAUAACAUCGUCUUUAUCAUCGUCAUCAUCAUCAUCAUCGUCGUCGUCGUCGUCGUCGUCGUCAUCGUCGUCGUCAUCAUCAUCAUCAGCAGCAGCAGUAGCAGCAACUUCGUCGUCGGUAUCGUCGUCAUCGUCAAUCUCAACAAGAACAAAAACAAGAACAACAAGAUCAACAAGAACAACAACAACGAGGAGUAGAAAUAGACCGCAAGUUCGAAAAAAAAUUCGGUUGGACGAUCCACGCGAUUCAAAAUGGUUAGAAUUAGAUGUGACCGAUAUUACGAUUAAUUCUUUCUUAGAUGAACCUAAUAUUCUUCAAUUUGAAAUAGAAUUUUUACAAAAUGGCAAAACUAAUCACCGUAACAUCGAUACACCCGUUUUAAAUCUUUUCACAACAUCUUACGAGACAACUGAUAAUAAUAAUAAUAAUAAUAAUAAUAAUAAUAAUAAUAAUAAUAAUAAUAAUAAUAAUAAUAAUAAUAAUAUUAAUAUUAAUAAUAGAAGAAGAAAACGUGGCGCACCGGAACAAUUGUUAUCCCUUCACAAGGGCCGUAGGACCGAGUGUAGGGGUGAUAAUAAAAAAUGUUGCAGACACGAAAUGACAGUUAUAUUCAAGGAUUUAAAGGGUUUUGAAUUCAUCGUCCAACCGAAAACAUUCGAUGCGGGUUAUUGUAAAGGUCGUUGUCCACCAAGGUAUAAUCCUGCCCAUCAUCAUGCCCUUUUACAGAGUCUGAUAUGGAAGGAAGACAGAAGGAAAGCACCGAGGCCAUGUUGCGCGCCGAGCAAACUCGCCGAACUCGAAAUACUUUAUUUCGACGAGAAAGAUUCCACCAGCUUGAAGGUCUCUAAUUGGAAGAACAUGCGUGUAUUGGAGUGCGCUUGUUCGUAGAAAGGAGACCUUCGAAAGAGAUAAAAAAAAAAGAGAGAGAGAGAGAGAGAGAGAGAGAGAGAGAGAGAGAGAGAGAGAGAGAGAGAGAGAGAGAUGGUCUUGAACCAAUCCAGGAGUCAUUUAGGACUCACCAAAGAAUCGUCCGAAUAACGUAUAGUUCGUCUCUGUCAGGUGGUCUUUUUUUUUACCCCUUUCCUCCUCAACUUCCCCUACCCAUUUUCAUUUUUUGUUUUCUUUUUUUUUUUUUUUUAUUUUAUUUUCAUUUUCAUUUUAUUUAAAUGUUUUCUUUUUUUUUUUUUUUUUUUUUUUUUUUUUAAUAUCCACACUUCAUCCUCCUUUCGUUAAAUCCGAUCUCUUAUCUAUUUUGUAUAAAGAAGAAAAAGGAAAAAACAAAAAAAAAAAAAAACGAAAAAAAAAAAUCACUAAUGGCAUAUAAUACUUCCCUAUCGAUCUUCCUUCUUUCGUUCGAUAUUUAUUAUAGAACGACGAUAUAAGUACAUAAGAGAUAAGAUUAGAAAAUUAGAGAUCUAAUUUAGCGGCGGAAAGGGUGAGGAAGGGGGAAAUAAAAAAAAAAAAAGAAAAA